GCCACGAGGAUAAUGGCGGGGCUGAGAAGAGCAGGGGCCUCAGCGGUGGUGGUGGUGGUGUACCUGUGUUUGCUGGCACCUGCGCCGGCGUGUGCUGAGCCAGCAGCGGACGCCACCACGGAGGACCCCAUGUCAAAGUUCCGUCACCUGCUGCCGGAAGCCAACCUGUCUAACAACUCCGUAACCAAUGUGACCGUCCAGCUCGGGGCCACUGCCUUCCUGCCCUGCAAGUACCGCCACCUGGCCGACCACCAGGUCAGUGAGGAUCAGGUGUCGUGGUUCAGGCGGCGGGACUGGCACAUCCUAACGACGGGCAUCUUCACCUACACCAACGACGCCCGCUUCAGUGUGCUGCACCCCGAGGAGACCGAGGACUGGACGCUGCAGGUCAAGUACACCACCAGGAGGGACAACGGCACCUACGAAUGUCAGCUGUCCACGGGCACGGGCGUCAUCUCACAGUUCGUGAACCUGUAUGUGGUGGUGCCGCAGGCGUACAUCCUGGGCAGCAAGGACCUACACGUACAGCUCGGCUCCACCAUCAAGCUUACGUGCGUCAUCAAACAGAGUCCCACGCCGCCGCAGUACGUGUUUUGGUACCGGAAUGACCAUAUGAUUAACUACGACACGCGGAGGGGCGGCAUCAACGUGACCACUGAGAAGGGCCCCACCCAGACCAUGUCCAACCUGGUGAUCACGGACGCCAGGCACAAGGACUCCGGGAACUACACCUGCAGCGCCUCCAACACACAGAGCGACUCCUCCAAUGUGUUCGUCUCCCAUGGUGACAAGAUGGCGGCCAUACAGAGGCGGAAGGCAGGAGCGGGCGCGGCUGACCUGCGGGUGACCUGGCCGGCUCUUUGGCUCCUCCUCGCCCUCACCUUUGUGGCUCAGAGAUGAUAUGCUUGCCCCGCCACUCCCAACACGCCCUCACGCCCACACGCCCACGCCAGAGUCCCGGCCGCUCACUACUCACCACUCACGCCCCCACGGUCCCCACAAGGCGCCGCUGUUUUCUCGUCCUCUUCGUCCUCGUCGUCGUCGUCGUCGUCGUCUCUUCGUCCCUACUCGGUCUGAGCGCAUCUGACGGAUUACUGUGACCUUUUCAUCAGUCUGUGUGUGACCUUUAUAUCCUACAAAGUCCUGUGAGUUCAUAAAUCCUUCCUUAUCCUCUUCCUCCUCUUUCCUUUCUCUUCCUUAUUUGUCUAUCCCUUUUACCUCAGAUGCCACCUUUCUUUUUAACAUUUUUUUUAACCUUUCCUGUCGCCCUCCCUCCUUCCCUCCACUACUGGGACACUCAGUGGUCCGGAUGGAGAGAAAAAUUUUGAUACUUUCCUUCCUCCCUCCCUCUUAUCCCGUCCCUCCCCUCGUACCCGACUCCCCCAAGAACCCUUUCCCUCAUUUCCUGCCUCCUCCAUCACGAAUAUUUGCGGCGCUCCGUCAGUCUGUACCUUUCCAAUCAGCGCGGUGGGUGACUCGGGUAGUGGAUGAGUGAAUGACUGACUGAGGUGGCGAGUCCAGUGUUGGGUGGACCUUUUUAUAUAUCCACUACCACCACCAUCACUAUCCUCGUCCUCCUCAUCCAACUCUCUCCCUCCGCACGGUAACGCAGGAGGGAGAAGUAAAGACACACACACACACGCAGAAGAGAAACAUUUAUAAAGACUGAAGGUGUGUCGUGUGUAAAUCUCGUAAAAUAGUCUCGUGGUUUGAAUUUAUGUGUGUGGGCGUUAGUGGGCGUGUUAAUGUGUACAUGGUUAUUAGUAUUAUCACGGGCGCGUGUCUACGUACGUAUGUGUGUGUGUGUGUAUAUAUAUAUACCGGACGCUCCCUGCUGGAAAGGAGGAAAUGGAGGAGACGGAGGUGGAAAAAGGAAGAGCAAGAGGAGGAGGAGGGAUAGAAAAAAAAAAUAUAUAUAUAUAAAUAUGUAAAUAGGAAGGAAGGUGAAUUCUCGACAUAAAGGAAAUGACGUGGAGAUGAGGAAAAUUUGGAGGAGGAGGAGGAGGAGGAGGAGGAGGAGGAGGAGGAGGAGGAGGAGGAGAAACGAUGCGUGACAGACAAACCGACAAAAGCAAAAUAUAAACUCCCUCUUUCUCUCCUUCAUUCCUACGUACCUUCCUUCCACCCCUCCAUUCCUCCUGCCUUCUUCCAUGCCUCCUCCUCCUCCUCCUCCUUCGCCCUCGUCGUCAGAGAAGAAGGAUCAAGCACCGGAGCGUCAGAGUGUAAAGGAGGAAAGAGAAAGAUAAGAAAAAGAAGUGAAAGAAACUGCGCCUGAACACGAAAGAGGAAAAAAUAAACGGGAUAAAAAUAAAGGAAAUAAAAAGAGAGAAAUGUUUGCCAAGAAAGACGAGACUGUUUACGUGCAUAAAGGAAAGAGGAGAGGAAACGGAGAGGAAAUAAAGGAAAAUGGAAAAAAGGAAAGGAAAGAAGGGGGUAAUGCUCUCACUUACUCCACGAAAUUAUAGAUAAAAAAAAGUGUAAAUAAAGAAAACAAGUGAACUUUUUUUUCAAGGACUAACAAAAACAACAAAAAAGCUAAAAAAAAAUAAAUAACUCAAAAUACUUCGAGUGUACGUUAAUGUGUGUGUGUGUGUGUGUGUGUGUGUGUGUGUGUGUGUGUGUGUGUGUGUGUGUGUGUGUGUGUGUGUGUGUGUGUGUGUGUGUGUGUGUGUGUGUGUGUGUGUGUGUGUAAGUUUUUUUGGGGCCAACGAACUGAAGUGUGCGUGUCCCAUUAAAAGAAAUCAACAAAGUGUAAUGAUAGAAAAUUAAUAGUGUGAUAAAAUACAAAAUAACAAGGAAAAGACAACAAGCAAGACAGAGACCCACGUGUUUUUUUUUUUUCUAAUGACUCCGUGUGAAGUGAUGUAAACAAGUGAGUGAUUAAUGUAGAAAUGUGAGACAACGUGAUAAUAUAUUUGUAUCGACCGACUCUGAGGGAAGGCAAAAUGUUCUUUCAUCAAUGCUCAAGAAAAAAAAAAAACUCUUCAUAUUCUUCCUUUUCUCUUCCUCCUCCUCCUCCUAAUCCUCCUUCUCCUCCUCCUCCUACUUCUCCUCCUACUCCUCCUUUUUCUGUCUGACUCUUACCACCCAACUUUCUCGGACAAACAGAAAAACAGAUGAAGACAAAUUAUAUAGUUGACACACACACACACACACACACACACACACACACACACACACACACACACACACACACACACACACACACACACACUUCCCAUCAUUCCUGAGAGUCGUGUCAAAAAAAUAAAAUAAAAAGGUGGUUGUAAAUAAACAUAACAAAGAGAAAAAAAAAAUACAAAAAAAAUGUUUGCAAAAAUCCAAAGAAGUAUCGUAAAAUAUAUAAAAAAAAGAAAAGUGGAAAUACAAUAAUAUUUUACAUAAUACUAAUAUAUAUAUACGUAUGAAAGAGACUGAUGAUGAUGAUGAUGAUGAUGAUGUUAAUGAUGAUGAUGAUGAUGAUAUGUUGAUGUCACGGUGACCCUUCCCCCCUAUGUUGAUGUUUUAGUAAUGUUGUUUGCGUGUCUGUCCUCCUCCUCCUCCUCUUCCUCCUCCUCUUCCUCCUCCAUCUCAUCAUUUCCUCCCUUUUUUUUUCUAAUUCAUGUUAAAUCAAACUCUCUCUCUCUCUCUCUCUCUCUCUCUCUCUCUCUCUCUCUCUCUCUCUCUCUCUCUCUCUCUCUCUCUCUCUCUCUCUCUCUCUCUCUCUCUCUCUCUCUCUCAUUUCCUAAGGCACAGAUUCUCCGUCCUUUUCAACUUUUCCUUCUUUUAUUUUCGCCUUUUCUUCUCUUCUUCCUGUCUUUCCUCGCCUUUUCUUUCUUCCUCUUUUCUCCAUCCUUACCCAUUUUCUCCUCGUCUGUCCCUCACAUCCCUGUAACUUUAAAUAUUUCACUCCUCCUCCUCCCCCUCCUCCUCUUCUUCUUCUUCUUCCUCCUCCUCCUCCUCCUCCUCCUCCUCCUCCUCCUCCUCCUCCUCCUCCUCCUCCUCCUCCUCCUCCUCCUCCUCCUCCUCCCCCUCCUCUUUCACACAUUUCUCUCCCCCUGACAAUCAACUAAAAUGUUCCUCCAUUUCCUCUGGAUAUUUUUACCUCCAUCUUUUUUUCACCUUCUCUCCUCGUUCCCCCUUCUUCAUCAUCAUCUCCUCCUCCUCCUCCUCCUCCUUUCCAUUUUCUUCCGGCUCCCUUUCUUGUCCUUCCCUUCUUCCCUCUUCCCUCUCCUUUGCCAUAAUUUCCUCUCCUCCUCCUCUUCCUUUACUUCCUUCAUUGUCCAUCACAAAAGAAGGAAAAAUAAUCCUUCAUUGUUUUUUUCAUUCUUCUGUCCUCUCCAUGCCUAGGUUUUAUUAAUUUCUUCUUUAUUUAUUCAUCCGUUGCGUCAAAACCUCAUGUUCCUAGUCAUCUUUGCUAGUUCCUUCUUUCUUUUAUUUUGUUUUCUUUCUUCUCUCCUUUUUUUUAUACUGUUCCUUUUCCACUAGCCAGUAAGACCACCACCACCACCACCACCACCACCACCACCACCACCACUACUAC